AUGACAGGCACACACUCCAUCAUCACUCCCGCCAUUAUGUACUGGGGAACUCCAGUCGCCCUCAUCACAACCUCUAACGAAGACGGCACAGCCAACAUCGGUCCAAUCUCUUCAGUAUGGUGGCUCGGCCACCGCUGUCUUCUCGGCCUCGCCUCAGGAUCCCAAACAACCCUCAACAUCUUCCGCACCAAACAGUGCGUCAUCAACCUCCCCAGCGCCGACAUGGCACACUACAUCAACCCCAUCGCCAAAACCACCGGGACACCCACCGUUCCUCCCGGCAAGAAAGACCGCGGCUACACUCACUGCAAAGAUAAAUUCGUCACUUCGGGUCUCACACAACAACCAUCUGAUCUCGUGCAGCCGCCUAGAAUCUCAGAGUGUCCUGUGCAGAUGGAAGCGAAGGUUACGAAUAGCAUGGAUUUGAUGCAGGAUGUUCCAGACAGAGAGGGGAUGUUGAUAGCGAUUGAGGUCAAGAUUCUUAGGACACAUGUUCGGAAUGAUCUGAGGAUGGAGGGGUUUGAGAAUAGGAUUGAUCCUGAUCGCUGGAGGCCUUUGAUCAUGAGUUUUCAGGAAUUCUACGGUCUUGCAUCAGAAAAGGCCGCGGAGUCAAGUCUUGGUACUAUUGAUGAGGAAAAGUAUCGCAUUAUUACUCGCUCGGAUGUUGUGAAGCAUGGCGAAGACAUGGAUACAUUCGACACGAUGGUAACCGAUAUUUGUCCAGAUGGCGAUACGCGCACCGAAAGAGAAAUGGUCGUCAAACUCAUGGUCGCUCAUUUCACAGCCGUCGUCGCCUUUUGCAAUUGGCAGUCCCUACGCAACGAAAAGCUCGACACCAUCGAACCAAUCCUAUUCCUCCUAUCGCCUUUAAUAGUAGUCGCCCAAACAGCUCUCGGUGUCAUAAUCAUCAACCUUUCAUUUGUUUACGACGUCGCUCUAUCGCCUAAAUCCUUUUCUUAUCAUCGUGAUACCUACGCGCGGCGAUGGAACACGCUAUUCGGAAAGAAACCCUCACCACCUUGGCGAACACCAACGGGCUCAAGGCAAUCUCGCUUUGGAAGUGCUUGGAUACGACUCGGCAGAGCGACCGCCAUCUUUGCAACACUGUUCCAAUUCGCAGCUACGAUAUUUCUCUAUCAGCGGCGAAAGAAUCUACAUGGCUGGGAUGCACUUACAGUCCUCGAUCAUCGGACAUUCGAGCUAUCCGUCGGCGGCGCAGCUGUUUCACUCCUGUCUCUUGCACUGCUUCUCAAAUUCCCCGGCUUUGGAUAUAUGCCGGAAACUCUGUACAUCCCAGAGCUUAAACCAGAUCCAGCUGUUAUCUUCUGCCGCGGUGAUUCACGCCGUUGUCCGAGCUGGUAUCAGAUCCUCUACGCUUCAGAUAUUGGGUCCGCAACAUCAGCUGCUACGUGGCUAGCCUGCGUUUUAUCAUCAACAUACAAAGGCGAAUCUAUACCAUUUAACUUCCUGUCCGAGGCGUACGAAGGGAUCUACACCGAAUUCACCCGCGUAUUCUCGCUCCAGAUCUCACUGCCGGUAUUUUAUCUGCUCGUCGCAGCCUAUUUCGCAUCAUUCUUCAUCAUCUCGAAUAUGUACAAGGGACCAGGCUUUAAAAGUCUACAUACACUUUGGACCAUCAUACCAGCUGUCCUUGUGCUGCUGGCCUUUAUGAUUGUUUAUUUCUUGAUGUUUAUGCUCAUGAUUAUGCCGACCGUUUUGGUGCUUAUUCCUUCUCUUAUCAGCGGUCCCGGGUCUAUUUUUACGAUGAAGGGGUAUGAGACUCGUGCGAUGUUUUCGCAGCCGCCGUUCAGACUGGUGAUGAAUGAGACGGAUUGUCUUUUGCUGUGGAAGGAUCCUGUGGCGGAGUAUUUGUGGUCACUUGUAUAA